GCAAGAUCUCUGGAACAGGGACUGAGAGACAAUGGGAGAGUAUUCCGUCAGCAGGAAAAUAUACAGUUUCAACAAAUUCUAACAAACAGCAGAGGAAUACCGGCACAGUGAAAAUCUUCACUGGAUGUCACCUCCGAAACAUGUAAUGACAAAAGAGAAAGCAUUUCAUUACCAAACCUUUGUGGGAAACAAGUCUGCGAGGCAUGUUUGUGGGCUAUUCAGAAGCAAUUGAAUAACGAACUUGCUUGUUAUAUACAAGGCACAGGAGGAAGGAAGAGACAGCAAUAAAGCGGCUUCGUUUUAUGCUGCUGAUUUAUAGAGGCUUGUCACACGGGUAAUUCUGAACACGCUACAGGAAUAUAAAAACAGUCAAAUGAUCAAGAAUGGUAAAUAACUUCAUCUGCUUCCUGCUGAAUGAUUGCCUCUCCGCACUGUUCAGGGGCUGUCACGAAGCCAGUCCCAAAUCCAGCCCUUCCUAACAUCUGGGACAAAGUUUUCCUUUGUUGCCUCAAGGAGCUGAAAAUACUUCAACGACGUCUUGGUGGAGGAGAGGAAGGUGAACAGUUGAGCUCUCUCCUCCCACUCCACUGGGCAGAGGUCAGUAACUCAUCACAAACCUGGCUUGAAGCUGCCACACUUGUCUCGAGUACUGUGGCUGCUCCGUCAUUAGACUAAAGCAGCCUUUUGGAACUACACAGACAACUGCACGAUCUGCUUCAACGAUCAAGACCGUAGCAAACUGAAAACUUUAAAAUAAAGACUUUUUUCAUACAGAUAGAACAUUAGCAUCCUAACCUUUAAGGAAUUUCAUCCAACAUUGUGUAUGCAGAAACACUGAGUUAACACCAGAAGAGAAAAUUCCACAAACCACAAGACGACGAGUUUGGUGAACUGUGGAGAUUCGGCCAUGGUGGAUCACUGCGCCAACCUCUCACGUUACAUUGAUCUGAGUUUGGCAGAUGCCAUCACCUCCUGGAAUGAGAGUUGUGAAUAUGACCAGUACAUGACAUCUCCUGAUAUAAGAGGGGAGGAAGAUGCCAUCAAGACCUACCAGGUCAGGGUUGUGAUUGGCAUUGUGCUGGUCUGCAUUAUGUUGGUCUGCGGCAUUGGCAAUUUCCUCUUCAUCAUCACUCUGGCCAGGUACAAGAACCUGAGGAACAUCACCAAUCUUCUCAUCGUCAAUUUGGCCAUUUCAGACUUCAUUGUGGCCAUUGUGUGCUGCCCUUUUGAGAUGGAUUAUUAUGUGGUCAGGGAGCUGUCCUGGAACUUCGGACAUGUCCUUUGCUCCUCUGUGAACUACCUCAGAAUGGUCUCCCUCUAUGUCUCCACCAAUGCUCUCUUGGUCAUAGCAGUUGACAGGUAUUUGGUGAUCGUGCACCCGCUGAAGCCUCGCAUGAAGUUACAGACAGCGUACUGCAUCCUGAUUGCAGUUUGGGCUGUGUCCCUGGUUAUCUCCAUCCCCUCAGCCUACUUCAUGACCGAGACCACCUUUGACACUUCUCCCAACAACGGUGGGAAGAUAUUCUGCGGGCAGAUCUGGCCAGUGGACAAGGUACUCUUCUACAAGUCCUACUUUCUGUUCCUCUUCAUCCUGGAGUUUGUUGCUCCAGUUGUGACCAUGUCCCUGUGCUACUUGCAGAUCAGCAGGGAACUGUGGUUCAAAAGCAUGCCUGGCGUGCAAACCAAACAGAUCAGGAAGCGGCUGAGAGCACGGAGGAAAACCGUCCUGGUGCUUAUGGGUAUACUGACUGCCUACAUCCUCUGCUGGGCUCCGUAUUACGGAUACGCCAUUGUGCGAGAUUUCUUCCCAAAUGUGCUCUUGAGGGAAAAGCACUCAAUCACAGUGUACUAUAUUGUGAAGUGCAUCGCAGUGAGCAACAGCAUGAUAAACACGCUCUUCUUUGUCACUGUGAAGAACAACACCAUUAAGUACGCGAGGAGGAGUCUACUUCAGAGUUGCAGUGCCACUCAAAUGCAAGACAAAAGCACUGUGGCGCAAGAGUGCCGAACCUCAGUGCUGCCAGUAUCUGAGUAACUGCUUCCCUGGCAACGGCUGCAUGUCGAAGAGGCUUUUAGGUGUGAACGGAUCCCCUGCAUAACGCUGGUUGAACUGUGUGGUGCUUGGCUCGUAGGUGCCUGUAAACUCUGCAGCAGGCAAAGCAAAACACUGGCUACUUGACCUUUGAACAUAACUGCUGCAAAGCUCUUCAGCCUGGAUUAAGAUGCCCAAGUAGCUUUAAUAUAAAUGAGACAAGCCCCACCAAGUCACAUUGAUACUUGAUCCAAAGGGGAUGCUGAAUUUACAAAAUUCUCCUCCGCAUUCACCUCCUCCUCUAAUUACAAAUGUACAACACUCCAGCUCAACAGCACCUCAUCACAAAUGCACAAGUUUAUCUUUUCUAUUCGAGUGGGCUUCAUGUGGUUUCCUCAGUAACAAUGAAAAUUGAUGUGACUGGAGCCCAGCUCAUUUUUAGCAUAGAACAGCUUCACGUAUAAACCUCAAUCUAACCUCUCCCAAUGUUUUGUCCAUUUGAAUCAAGCAGAGAAGAUUUACGAUUUACAACACUGACAACUAUGCUGCAGAACAACAGACACAAAGGCUCCGUGGAUUAUUCCUUCCCUGAAGGAUGCUGUUAUUUUCGCGCAGUUUGGAUAUUUCUCUGGGUUUAAUGGAAAGGGAGAAAAAGAAAUCGGCACAGAUUGCUUACCCAUUCUCCUGUAGUCUAUGUUAGGAAGCGAGAGUUACAACGGGAUCUGGGUUUGGGUGUGGUGCAGCCCAAGGUCAAGUAGCAUAGCAACACUCCACACCACGAUCACUAACACAAAUCAUUGUCUUCUGCAACAUUGGUGAAGUGGUUGGUCCGAGAUGAUGGCAAGUGCCUCAGUGAUUAGAGCACAGAACUGUGGAUACAUGGACUGAUGCUGGUACAGUCUUAGCUACCGGUCAGGCACUUGAGAGAAAAACUGACUCAAAGGGUUCCUGUGGUAAUGCAGCCUAGGACAAAAAAAUGUAUUCAUCAUGAAAUUUAUUUUGGGAAAUGUUGUAUGUGAGCAAGUUCAAGGUUUUCAAUAACCAAUGUCUCAUCUAAUAACCACAGCAGAUUAAUUUUGAACAACUACAUAGAGGAAAAGCAGCCACGUGACACGUCCCUUGUAACGAGGAUCAACAGGAAAGGCGAGAGCCUCAGUGCUCACGCACGUCAUAGUGCAAGUCCAUUUAGAUGGCCAGGUUCCUAAAAUCUCCAUAACGAAGCUCCGAUGGAAACGAAACCUUUCUCAUCAGGUUUAUUGGUCUCAACUGUUUUAGAGUUGGUUAAGCGUCUGGAAUUCUCUGCCCCGGUGAGUGGUGGAUCAUUAGAAGUCUUUCAAAGGGGAGGUGGAUAAAUAUUUGAGAGAUCAAGGAACAGAGGGCUGUGGAGGAAUGGCACAGAAGAGGAGUUGAGGUCAGCAUAGAUCAGCCACGAUCAUAUUAAAUGACAGGACAGCCUGAUGGCCUGCUCCUGCUCCGAUUUUCUUGUGUUUCUCGCAAGUCCAGAAGCCAAAAGAGAUAUGACUGUUUUCUGUUAAAAUGGUCAUGGUAUUAUUCCAUGAGUUAUUUUUUUCAGAAUCCCAUACCUGAAACUGAUUUUACUGGAAGCAUAUCAAUUGUCAAUUUCAAGCUAGUUGUACAUGUGUUUUUUUUUACAUGCCUCUCACAUACAUGUUGGGAAAUCUACCAAUUCUGGGCAGGGUUUGGUAGAUUGGAGAACUGGCUGAUCUUACAAUAACCUGCAUUUUAAAAAGUACCAUAUUUUGCCUAAAACACAUCUCCAUAUUUCUUGUUGAAUAUUGGAGAAAUUGUGGAGCAUCCUCAACAAGCACAUUCAGUUCAGUCUGAGUUCAGAGAUAAUAUGCAGAAAAAUGGUGAAACCAACACAAAUUGAAUAAUAAAACAAAAAUGAUCAAGAUUGUGACAUACCUUGUAAAUAACUUCGACGGCAUCACAGACCAUUCUUUCCUCAAGUAUGUCCUGUUGCAUUAAACAGAAGCUUGUGCCCAAAAGAGAAAUUCGUCAACGAUUGUUGGCCCUGCUUUGUCACCUCUGUGCAAAAUGAACAGGUUCUUGUCCAAUCCUGUGGUGCAAUAUAACAACUGUUCUUUAUCCAACUGUAACCGUUGUCCUGUUUCUAUUC